GCUGGUAGUGGUAGCAUCCUGGCUGGUCUCUCCUUCUUGGGUGGCUCUAGGUUCCACCAUUCCGUUCCUUUACUUUGUAUUAUUACUCUGAUUCCAUUUGAUUUCCCGCUCCCAACAACUCUCUGGAUCACCGGCCAUGUUCUUCCCUCCUGCCUUCCUACUAGAUUCAUCAAGCUGCUGGAACACCAACCACAACCAGCUUCAGCUGCAGCAAAUCGGCAGUAACACUCAUAUCACCACUACUCUUUCACCUGCUGGUCAUGGCGAUGGAGGAGGCAACAACAGCAAUCACGAUGGGUUAAUGGCCACGGCCGGGGCCGGAUGGGGCGUCGGUGCUGAGGAUGGCGACAGAGGCAGCGGGAAUAGCAAGCGGAUGUCCAUGACCGAGCGGGCACGGCUGGCGCGGGUGCCGCGGCCGGUGCCGGGGCUCGAGUGCCCACGCUGCGAUUCCACCAACACCAAGUUUUGCUACUUCAACAACUACUCCCUCACUCAGCCUCGCCACUUCUGCCGCGCCUGCCGCCGCUACUGGACCCGUGGCGGCGCGCUCCGAAACGUGCCCAUCGGCGGCGGAUACUGCCGCCACGCCAAGCGCAGGGCCAAUCCCAAGACGGCGUCGCCCGCCUCCGAAGCCGUUGUGGAAGGGACGUCGUCCGCGACGUCAACGACGCCCAGCAGCACAUCUUGCGCCACCGGCACCAGAACCGCGCCGCCCGGCGUACAGUACUCCAGGUUCGGCAGCGGGUUCGCCGACAGCGUCGACCCGGCGAGCCUCGGCCUCAGCUUCCCCGCCAGGCUGCUCUUCGCGGACAGCAGCUCCCGCAGCGCCUACGCGGCGGACGGCUGCGCGCAGCAGCACCACCACCAGGCCCACGUGAACGGGAUGGAGCAGUGGGCGGCGGCGCAGAUGGACAGCGUCCCAAUCAUGCAUGCCAUGGAUCAUCAGAUGUCCGGACCACCAACUGAGGCAAUGCCCAUCACAAUGGCGGCGAUGCAGGGCAUGUUCCACUUCCACCUCGGGCUACAGAUCGGUGGUGGGGGCAAUGGCGAUGACCGAGGAGGCCACCAGUUAGACCACCCGGCAGCCAAGAGAGACCAACAGCAGCAGCAUUACCCGAGCAGCAGAGGCAUGUACGAGAACGCGGUCAAUGGCAAUCGCAGCGGCAAUUAAUAUUCCAGCACUGGCAAUGCAUCUAGUAAUUAGUUUGUCAUCAAGCUUUUUUCUUAGAUUAAUGCUUGGUCAAAUGUGGCCGGGUGUGUAUAAAAUCUGUAUCACUAAGGGGGGUAUCAAUUUAUCAACGCAUGCAUACAACAAUGUUCAUCUUUUCGUUUAUAACUGUUAAUUUGUUUGAUCA